UUGACAAUAUUGGAAAGGACAAUCACAGCAACUCAAGAGAUUCACUUUCAGUGGAUUCUUCUUGCCAACAUGAAUGUGAGAGGACAGAUAAUUUUCAGGAUGAUGUUGUUAAUUCAGAUGAUUCCAAUUCGGAGCUUCUUGAAAAUGAAAAUCUCUCACCUAACGAAAAUCAAGAUAAUUUGGAAGUUAGUGACGAAGAAGAAUUUUUUAGUCAAAAUUCCAGUUUUCAAGAAAAUGAUGUUAAUGAACAGAAAGUUUUGACUAAUAUAUCUUCAAAUGAAAAGGAUUUAGAAAAGAAUAGUGAAAAAGAUAAGAGCUUGAUUGUCAGCAAAUCUAGUUCUGGUGAACAACAGAAUAUGGUUACAGAUUCAAUCAGUAUUCAAGAUUUUGGCAAUGUUAGCGAUUUAAAACAACUUAUUACACAGAUGCCUCAAUCAUUGCUUUCAAAAAUAUCUAAGACUUCUGAUGUUAAAAGCCUUUCUUCUAUUGAUGGAUCGAUUAAUUAUAGUCGAAAUGAUUUGUUACAAAUUCGUCAUUCAAAAACUGCAGAAGAAUGGAAGUCUUUUCUUUGGACUAAUCAUGGCACAAAUUGGCCAAUUGAUGAAAUGCCUUUUGAAAUGGAUCCUGAUUUGCGCUGUUCUUUCCAAAAGAGAUUUAACAUUCUUCGUGAUCGACAAGAAGCUGCUCGUCGAUUUUUUGUUUCUUCUAGGCCGCAGAUUGACUUUCCGAUUGCUACUAAGAGAAACUUUCAAAACAAAAAGAAUGAGCAGCGUCAAGGAAAACAAAAAACUAAGAAAAAUAAAAAAGGAAAAAAUGGUGUGGAUCCUCAGUUAAAAGUCACGAAAAAUGAAAACAAGGGAAAUGGAAAAUUGGAUCAAAAAAAUCAAGCUAGUAAUAAGGUUGAUUGGACAGAUAGUGAGGAAUGUUAUGAGAGUAGUGGUAGUGGAGGUUUAAAUAAAAAGGGAUUCUCAAAUGAUGAUCAAAAUAUUAAAAUUAAUUCGGUUCCAAUUGCAAGUAAAUGGGCAAUGAAAUAUUUGGAGAAUAUAACAAGUUCAGAAGAUGAUGAAGAACAAGAAAACGAACAAAAAUCACUUUUGAGUAAUCAAAAUGAUAAAAUUGCGAAACGUCAAUUAUUGGUUGGAUUUCCUUUUUGGCAUAAAAAUAUUGACCAUCCUCGUUGGCAUCAUUCAAAUAAUGUGCUUAACUUUUAUUUUAAUCAAAUUAAGAAGGGUAUUGUUUAG